AUGGAGCUUGGCUGGGAAAUCUCGGCGCAAGGAGAACGACAUCUUGUUGGACUAGGUGACAACUCUCUAGCCAGCAAGGCGAAGGCCACAAAUGACGGUCGAUGCGGCCGCCGUUGGAUCUGGGAGCAUUCUCUGCAGUCCAGCCUGUACACACAACACGCUCGCCAUAUGGCCGACGCAUUCACGAAGACGACGGCCCUCUUCUCCUGCGCAGAGGUCAAGCUUGCCAGCGGCGAUCACACGGAAACUGAAUACCAACUCAGCGUAUGGAUGGCAGCCAGCCUACGGAAGAAGAAUGCAGCUUGCGCGGCGCAUAGGACAUACAGCGGUAUAAAUGAAUGA